GCUCCUGGACUGAGACCAUCAGUUUUAGAUAUUUUUUAAUGUCUGGAUGAUUUUAUCCCAUUACAGCGAUGACGACAAAGAAGCAGGUUGGAUGGCGAAAGCUGUUUCUGAUUCUCACAGUGCUGCCCUGCUGCAGGAGCUUAGAGGUUUCUAUUCCUGAGCGUGAAUACAUGGUUGCAAGUGGAAGUGACGUUUCCUUGACCUGCUCCUUCAUCCCAGCUCGAACAGGCUACAGCACACUCGUCCUCAGUUGGGAGGUCGACCCCGAAAAUAUCAACGAUCCAAUGAAAUCUGUGGCCACCUACUUUAAGAAUAAUCCUGUUGACAUUGCACCUGCCUAUGAAGGCCGAGCCACUCUGGAGGUCGACCUAGAAAACCAUGUGAGCACACUCACCCUGAACAAGGUGACCGUGAAGGACAGCCGUCGUUACCAGUGCAGUGUCUUGAUCCCCAAUGACGACGAGGGAACAACAACUGCCGCCACUUCCCUUUUGGUCCUGGUGCCGCCCUCUCCGCCGGUCUGCAGCAUACAUGGGAAAGCAGAGUACUGGAAGGACAUCUCCCUCACCUGCAUCUCUGAGCAGGGAUCCCCGAAACCUACCUAUGAAUGGAAGAGCUCCAGUGUAGAAAACUUUCCCAGAGUACUUCCACCUAGGGCAACUCAAAAGGACGGGGUUCUGUCUCUCUUCAAUAUUUCCAGAGAGACGUCAGGGUUCUUCACUUGCAUGUCAACAAAUCGAGUCGGCACUGCCAGCUGCAACAUUACCUUAGCAGUAACACCUGGUGGUAUGAAUAUGGGCUCCACUGCAGCUAUAAUUGGAGGAGUCCUCGCUGGUCUCCUGCUUCUGGGGAUCGUCAUCUUCUGUUACUGCCGCAAAAAGGGCAAAAAGGAAGAGUAUGCUGAGGGUGCUCCUGGAGAAGUGAAGUUCUAUGACAGAGAUGCUCCUGAGGCUGGAGAGCAGUACUUGGACGACAAGUUGAGCAUCGAGACAAAGGAACACAAACAGCACGAAGACAUGGAAGCUGCUCCCCUAAACAGUUACACUGUUACAGUUGCUCACAAGUUUGACGAUGAUCAAAACAGUCACAGCAGUGGUAAAGAAAGAGAUGGUGGCAAGGGCAGUGACAUCGACUCUAAGCGUUACCGGGAUGACCAGCAUGAUCACUAUCGUGGGAGUCGUGAUCGUCUUGAUGAUAAACCUAACUAUCAUAGAGGAAGCCGUGAUGGACUCGACGAACAACGUGAUCGUUCCCGUGGCAGCCGUGACCGACUCGACGAACAACCCCCUCGUUCCCGUGGCAGCCGUGACCGACUCGACGAKCAWCSRGAUKAUUARCGUGGCAGCCGAGAUCGACUUGACGACCAACGUGAUAAUUAUCGUGGCAGCCGAGAUCGACUCGAUGAGCCUCGUGAUCGUUACGGUGGCAGUCGAGAUCGACUCGAUUAUAGAGACGAUCAAUACAGGCACUGAUAUGAGUAAUCCCUUCUUACUGAACGCUCUUUAAAGACCCGUGUUAAUUUAGGGUAGCUAACCUGGUUGGGUUAACAUGGUUGAAGGUCUGAGUUGCAUAAAUCCAUAUCAUCCAAAUCAACCUGGCUUAUAUUAUAGUAAAAACCAUACAACUCAUAUUUACAACAGUGAAUAAAAACAUAUAAUGUAUUGGUAUCCUGAUUAUAGGAGAAUAAC